AUGAACCCAACACCUUCCACAAUUAGAUUGAACCAACAAUCUUGAAAGGGAAAAAAAAAAACCAAUGAGGCUCAUUUCAACUCUCCUUCUCUUACUCUUAAUCUCUUUGGCAUAUUCCUCUGCCACUCCAACAAGAAGAUCAAGAAAAAGUACCCGUAUUCAUAAACCAUGUAAAACAUUAGUGUUUUAUUUUCAUGACAUUAUUUACAAUGGUCACAACUCAAAAAAUGCCACGGCAGCAAUUGUAGGAGCACCAGCAUGGGGUAACCAUACCAUAUUAGCAAACCAAAACCAUUUUGGUAAUUUGGUUGUUUUUGAUGACCCAAUUACUUUAGACAAUAAUUUACAUUCACACCCUAUUGGUCGUGCUCAAGGAUUUUAUAUUUAUGAUAGGAAAGAAAUUUUCACUGCAUGGCUUGGUUUUUCAUUUGUGUUUAAUUCUACUCAACAUAAGGGUACCAUUAAUUUUGCUGGUGCUGACCCUUUGAUGAAUAAGACUAGGGACAUUUCGGUAAUUGGUGGGACUGGUGAUUUUUUCAUGACUAGAGGUGUGGCUACUCUUUCAACGGAUGCAUUUGAAGGUGAAGUUUAUUUUAGGCUUCGUGCGGAAAUUAAUUUGUAUGAAUGUUGGUAAUUAAUUAAAUUAAUUAGCUAAAUCAAUAUUUUUUAGCUAAUUAUUACUACCAACUUUGUUUUCAUUUUGUGUUUUUUAUUUUUUGUUUUUUUGGUCAUAUAUAUGUGUAUUUUUCUUUUUCUUCUUUCUUUCAAGUUUUGGACGGAUACGAUGUUGUUGAAUUGUCCCUCCUUAUUCAAAUUGAAUAGUGCUUCACAUUUACAUUUUGUGUGAUGUUUUGUUUUUUGAAGAUUAAUCAAAUUCCUAAUUGAGUAUUUGGUCAUUUA